AUGGCUACGACUGCUGGAAAGGCCGCGAUUGCCUGGGCGGCCGAACAGCCGCUCUCAGUGGAGGACGUGGAGGUCGCCGCACCAAGGGCCCAUGAAGUGCGCAUCAAAGUCCUCCACACGGGUGUUUGUCAUACCGACGCAUACACCCUCUCCGGCAAGGAUCCCGAAGGUGCGUUUCCCGUGGUGCUCGGCCACGAAGGCGCCGGUAUCGUCGAAUCCGUCGGUCCAGACGUGACCAAUGUCAAAGUGGGCGACCACGUCAUCGCGCUUUAG